AUGUUGGACUUCUUUGUGAUCAUAUCCAAGUCGGGUAUUGUAUUGUUCGCGACGGUUAACCAGACAAUCGCCGCCGGUAUGAACGCCGCCAUCAAUCGGCUCAUCAAGAAUGUCAUACUUGAGGACAGGAGGGAUCAGCUCUACACCACCGACGCCCUCGCCCUGCAGUACCGGAUGGACAACGAGUUUGAAUUGGUGUUCGUUGUGGGCUAUCAACGGAUGCUGACGCUGUCGUACGUGGACAAGUUCUUGGAGCAGAUCCAACUCGCCUUUCGCGACAAAUACCAGGAUUACGAUCUGAGGCACGCCUUACUGAUGGCCGCCGAUGGGAGGCACGCGACCAGCGGUGGCGCCGGCGGUAGCGGUGGCGGAGGUGUUGGCGGUAAACACCAGAAGUUGAACGGUAUUAGCGCCGAGAGUGGUCUGAAUCCGCUGUUGGCCACCAAUUUGGUCGACUUUGACACCGAAUUCGCCAAAGUUUACGGCUUUUGCUACAAAACCCAAUCACAACAGACGGCGGCGGAGAUGCGCUCAUUUGACCAGAGCUUGAAGUCCAAGAAAACCGUGGCCUCAAUGAUAGUCCAGCCGUCGGAUAAGGCCAAGAGUGGCACAACUGCUGCGCCCGCUGUGACCGCCGCAGCGCCUGUCAAAGAGGACACCAAACCGUCGCCCAAAGCGAACGGCGAGUCCACCCAAACGGAUAUCCAGAAGAAGUUGUUACAAAUGGCGGCGAAGAACACAACGUCGCCGAAGGCCAAGAAGUCGGCCGCCGUUAAGAAGGAACCGGUGAAGAAAGAGAAGGGCAAACGGGUCUGGGAUUUGGGCGGUAAGAGUGCCCAGAAUUUGGACUUUAGUAAGAAGUUGUCGGGCGAUGAGGAGGAGUACACCGUCAACGCCUCGUCCAUCGCCAAGAAUACGGCCAACGCCUCCGAUAUGGCCGCCUAUAACUCGCUUGAUAUGCAACCGGACCUCGAGUUUGAAGUGGAGGACGAAGACGACGACGAAGAGGAGGAGGAAGUGAUGGCCGCCUCGAAGCCCAAGAAGUCGUUUUUUGGCUCAUUUCUCAAGACAUUCAACUAUAAUAAGGCGCUAACGGAGGCCGACUUAGAGCCCAUUCUGAACCAAUUGCGCGACCAUUUGAUCGCUAAGAACGUGGCCUCAGAGAUAGCGGUGAAACUCUGCGACAGUGUGUCGGCCAAACUGGUCGGCCAACAGAUGAACACAUGGCUCGGACUGAAGAGUUUCGUACGACAAUCGUUGGAGGACUCGAUACUCCGUAUUCUGUCGCCCAAUCGUAACGUGAAUAUAUUGCGCGACAUUCGGGCCAAGUCUUCGCCGUACGCCAUAGUGUUCUGCGGUGUGAACGGUGUCGGGAAGUCGACUAAUUUGGCCAAAAUAGCCAAUUGGCUGAUCGUAAACAACGUGCGAGUGCUGGUCAUCGCGUGCGACACCUUCAGGGCGGGCGCCAUAGAACAGCUGCGCACACAUAUCACUGCACUCAAGAAUAUACACGAGAGGGACGGCCGGCAGGCGUCGAAAGUGGAUCUGUUCGAGAAGGGCUACGGCAAAGACAGCGCCGCCAUCGCUAUGGAGGGCAUUAACUACGCGCGCACCGCCGGCUACGGGUGCUGUUUGGUGGACACCGCGGGACGUAUGCAGGGAAACGAACCCCUCAUGAAACAGUUGGCCAAACUGAUCAAGAUCAACGAGCCCGACCUGACCCUCUUCGUGGGCGAAGCGCUGGUGGGCAACGAAGCGGUGGAUCAGUUGACUAAAUUCAAUAACUCGCUGUUGGAUAAUGGCUGCCGCGGUGUGACGGCCAACGCCUCGGCAAUCAAUGGCAUUGUGUUGACUAAGUUCGACACGAUUGACGAUCAGGUGGGAGCGGCCAUAUCGAUGACGUAUAUCACUGGACAGCCAAUUGUCUUCGUGGGCGUCGGCCAGACGUACCGCGAUUUGAAACAAUUGAACGCCAAAGCGGUGGUCAAAGCGCUGAUGAAGUAG